UCCAAAAGGAUUAUUAACAAUCUGAAUGUAUGUUUAGUUUGUGUAGACUUUUCGAAUACACCAACAAAAUUGUACCAUCAGGGAAUAUCUACGUAAGGUUUAGUGUCUUCAAGCCGCUUAGAGAACGAAGAUAACGAGUCACUGAAACAUUUGUUUGCCUGCACCGCAGCUACCGGUACUUUGAAGUUGUAGAACGGAAUUGCAUUUUGUGGCCCCCAUUUCUAUCCCUAUCUCGAAGUUUUUAACUGAGAGUCAACUCAGAGUUCACCCGCCAUAAAACUAUCUUGAGUGUCGAACAAAUUGCUGGAUGGCUAGUACUCAGUUCGUAGACAAUGUGCUUAGUUUGAUUGUAUUGAAGAAAGGUUUCUUGAAUGAAUAAAAGCGGCUGAUUGUAGUUGAUUUGUUCCUCAGGUGACUUCUUCUUCUUUAAAUUACUUCAGUAUUUUCACCGUUGCGUGAAAUCUAGGAUUUUAUUCAACUUACUGGUGGGAAUUUCGUAAGUCCAUAAUGGACUCAGUUCUGUUGGUGUCAGAUAAGCUGAGUCUGUUCACGAGAGCUUCGGAUGGCCGUUUUAAUCAGGUUUCCACAAUCCGGCCUCGCGACCCGGCGCAGCUGAAAGAUGUUCAGCUAUCACCAGAUGGUCGCCAGUUGAUGGCAAUCAGUUCGAAUCCAGAUCACGGAAUUUGUUUCGCUUGUCUGACCAAAGCUCAAGACCGAUGGCUUUAUUAUGACUACUUUCCUUCUGAGUUCCAUGUGACCUGUGGAGUAUUUUCACCUACUCGAAAUCACAUAGUGUAUCUUGGUACAGCAACAGGAGGCAUUAUUGAAUUUGAUCUCAAGGUUAAAGGCUUCAAUAUUCUUACCAAGGGCCGCAAUGAGGUCGGUCCUCCGGCAACUUCGAUUGACGUCAAUGCCAUGGGCAGUCACGUGGCGGUUGCAAUCGGAGGUUCGCUUCUUGUGCAUAGCAUAAAAAAUAAGGUCGACACAGUUAUCGAAUACGACGCUUCAAAGAAUGCGCAAGUUCUUCUACGAUUUCAUCCGACACAGCAAUUUUCCCUUGGCGUUUUUUCAUCAGCCGAAGGCGCAGCUGUCCUUGAAUUUUCAACAGGCGCCAUACAGCUACCACCAUCUUCAGUCCGUUGGCGAGCGCCACCUGGCGAAGAGCACAUCUGCGAACCGUUAACAUUGCUUUGGGCCGGAACCUCAUGUCUAAUAACUGUUGCUGUAGAUCGAAGGGUUGUUCAGUAUUCAGCCAAACGGUGUGGUCAACUCUACCGACAUGAUAAACGCGUCACGAGUGCAGGAAUAUUACGAGAAGGUGCUGAGCUUCUACUAGGCUUAGCCGAUGGACUUGCUUGUCUAGAUAUUCGCCGACGACAAUUGUUAUGGACUAAAGAUACGAUAUUUUCGAGGCCGGUCGAAAUGAUAAGUCGAGCCAAACACCAUCUGCCGGUAUCUAGGGGAUCAUCAGGAGUUGAGUGCAUGUAUCCGCAAUUGGAACCCUAUAAUCUAGAAACACGAUCUAAAAGUGUGAGCGCGAGAACGGGACUUGCUCUCAAAGUCGAUGACGUUGCGCAAUGUGUUAUCUCACCAGUACGAGGGGACGAGGUUCGUAUCGGCCAGAUAAAACUAGAUGAUCAGAGGAAAAGCUCGUUAAGCACCCUAAUUUCUCCACCACGAGGCUAUACUGGGGGGUCGAGAAAACAGUUAGCCCGUGCAGUCGAGGGCGCAGUUGCAGAAGACUUCGGAGAACAAUCACGUCUUGCAGUCAACAAUUAUAAGCGGUAUGUCAAUAGCAUUCUCUACGUAACGCCCUUACAGUUGACAGCUGUACUUGAUGACACUAAAUAUGUGAUAAAACUGUGGCAAAGGUGAGAAAUGGGGACUCAGAUAAACAAAAGUGAUUUUUUUCAGCUAACGAGGCAGAAGAAAAAGGUAUAAGGAAGCUUGUGAUUAAAGUACUUUGCGAAUGUUGAAGGCACCAUAGAUUCCCUUCAAACAAAAAAGUGAAAUGAUAAUUAGAAAUUAUUUCAUUAACUUAAUUUAGAUAAUUCUUUAUAUCAAGAAUGAAAGAUAACAUUAAACUUUAUCCUUUCGAUUCAAUCAAUAGGCAUAUUAACAGUAGUUUUCUGUUUCGAUUAUAUAUUUAAAUCCUACAGACUAGAUGAGUAAUGCAACUUUGUCUUACUUUCGUUCUAUGAACAUAAAUUGUAGAGAUUUACUGCGAAUUAAAUUAAAAAAAUAGUCAAAAAAAGAAGACAAGUUUUGCGCCACGUAAUCGGCUGCAGAAAUAUAUACAUACAUAUAAUGCGGGCAAGUAGAGACUAUAGUGCUUUUUCUGUGUUUGCUUAUUGACGCUGGCUUACCAGAUUAUGACAGGUUUCACAAAGAUCUUAUCGACAUUGGAUUGGACAGUUAUUCGCCUACAAAAAAUGAACGUCCGCCAUUAUCACUUAAGCAAAU